AUGAAGAAAGUGACUAUGAAAUCGCAACAUCUACCAUCUGCUAUUUCCAUCAGUGAGGACAAGUACAUUACCAGGGAUCAACUUAACUCUUUACUGAAGACGUAUAACUAUUUUUAUGCUGAUCAAGAGAAUCUGCAACUCUCCUAUAAUCAGCCAGAAGGCAGCAAACCAGUUAUCGAAGGUAUCCUGGCUAUUUUUUGGGGAGUACGUUGUCCCAUCUGGUUAAAAAUCCAAGAUGAGAAGCAAAUUCCCCCUUUUGUGACUCUGAGGUCGCCAGAGCGUGUGGGUUUGCUCCCUAGUAAAAGGGGGAUGAUGCGCUGGGGAGAAGUUCAUAAUCUCCAUCACAUUAGUGAAGAGAUACCAAAUUCUUCAGAAGAACCCCCAAAUCAUGAGGAAGGUUGCUUCUCUUAUGAGAGCAGCACCCUGAAGCCAAGGAGGGUGCCGGAGCUCAACUCCCUGACCCCUCACAGAACCAGAACCUUGAGUGACGCUGCACAAAUGAGGAAAAGGGAAAAUUCCCCCACAAUAGCCAGAAAAGACAUGGAAACGCACCGGUUCUCCAUUAAUGGGCAUUUCUACAACUACGAGACAUCAGUUUUCACUCCAGCCUUUGGAUCAGAAACUAAAAUAAGAAUAAACAGUAACAUGAAAACAGGAGAGGUAAUAGAGCAACUGCUUCAGAAAUUUAAGAUUGAAAACAGUCCACAAGAAUUUGCACUUUAUAUCAUCCAUGCAUCAGGAGAAAAGAAAAGGCUCAAGAACACAGACACUCCACUGCUGGAGAGACUUUUACAGGGUCCCUCAGAAAAGAUUGCCCAAUUUUUUCUCAUGGACAAGAAUGCAGAAGAAGUUACCAGUGAUGUUGCUCAGUACCUUAAAUUUCACGUUCCUCUUCUGGAAUCUUUUCUGCACAAACUAGAUGAAGAAGAAGAACGGGAGAUUCAACAGACAAUUGCAAAAUACGUUAGGGAGAAGGAUGUCAUACGUCAGCACCUUGACAGUAAAACAGUAAUAAAAACGGAGACUACUGUAUAA